GUCCAAUUGGGAUCAAUGUUGCUUCACUGCUCAUGGAAUUAUGUGAGAAACUAUUGACUCAUUCUAAUCCCAAGAUUCUGUGAGUUAGGCAUCCAUGACCACAUGAGAAUCCUACAUUCCAGAGUAGAGCAUUUCUCCACACAUAACUAGAAGAGGCAUGAGCAUGCUAAGUAGAAGAAAUUGGUGAAGAAAAGAGAUUGACAGAUACCGGAGAGAGAGGACAAUUAAUGGGAGUAAUUCUUUUAGGAAGACCGAGGAAUUUACUGACUGAAAAUGACAGAAAAAAUCUUAGAGAAGUUAGAUAUUCUGGAUGAGCAGGAAAAGAUACUCUUGGCCAGAAGAACAAAGGUUAAGGCCACAAGGCUUGAUGGGAGUUCUCCCUCCCUGUGUCUCCAUGUGGAAACUGCCUCCAAAAAACAGGCUUCAGAGUCAAGGAAAAAAAAAGACUUUGGUUACACCCCUGACAUUUGACUUUCAGUUGGAAUUUAAAGAGGAUAUUGUUCCAUCCACAUCUAAGAAAGUACCCAGGAUCACAGAAGACAAGUCAUAUAGUAUUAAAAAAACAAAAAGAUAUAUCUGCUUCAAAAAUGAGCCUGAACCUAGAAAGAGUGAUUUUGGAAAGUUAAAUUUAGGACCACACUUUGUACCAACAAAUAUAAGAACUCAAGAAAGCAAGUCAAUAGAGCCAGUGAAAGAAAAUCUGAAAUCAAGAUCUUUUAGACCUUUUCUUUAUCUUAAGGACACAGCUGAGACUAAACAAGCAUGUAGAAGAACACUGGGUCCUACAACCAUUUAUCCUGCACCCAAGAUUCAAUCCAGUGCUUACAAGAAGGAAAAAGACUCUACUUUAUUUGCAGCUCAAACUGGAGAAAACCCUGAGGAAUCAUUUGAUUUGGCUGGUCGCUUAGAAGAUUAUAUGAAUAAAAGAAAAUCUCCCCCACAGACAGGUGAUUUUAGCAAAGAAGAAAACAAAACCAUCAGAAAUGAUCAAUUAAGUGAAUAUUGUUCCAUAAGAAAGAAAAAUUUGCUCCCCUUGUGCUUUGAGGAUGAAUUGAAAAAGCCAAAUGCCAAGAUAAUCAACAUUAGUCCAGCAAAGACAGUAACUUCUCAUAUGGAACAAAAUGACACAAAUCCCAUAAUUUUCCAUGAGACUGGAUAUGUACAAAUGUUACUUUUGACAAAAAAUAGACUUCCUCUCUAUCCCAUGGAAAAGGAAAACAUUUACCCACAUAAAAGACCAGAUUUUGUUUUAGAAAGAAAUUGUGAAAUCCUCAAAUCUUUAAUUAGUGAUCAAUGUAUUAUUCCUUCCAAACCUAAAAGAAUUAUGCCUACUGCAUGGAAAAGAGAUAUACGAGCACUAGCUUUUAAAGUGGGCCAUAGAGUUGUAGAGGGUAAACUAAAGAAGGAAACGAGUAAGCAGACAUUUGAAAACAUAUCCUGGAGCAAACUCUAUGAUUUCUCACAGACUUUUUCCAGCCUAACAAAAAAAUUUGUGGGCUUCUUUGAUAAAACUGUUAUUCAAGAAAUGAGUGCCAGACAUGGCAACUUGGAAAGAAUGUUUUCUACAGUAAAACCAAUUAGCAAAUUCAGUGCCUUACCUGUCAAAUAUGGCUCAAAGCCUUUAAAAACUAUACUCGAAGUUCAUAAAUUAAGUAAUAUAACACCACUGGAUGAUUUGUUAAAAUAGUCAAAUGAAAAUUAGACACCUCAGAAAAUAUUGUUUAUACAGCAAUAUUUAGUAACAAAAAUCAAAUAAUGACGUUCAAAGAUCAUAGAAGAAAUUCUUACCAAAAUAAUGUGCAAAUGGAUGCUAUAAGAAAGCAAAGCAUAGACACUGGAAUUACAAGUCAACAGUCAUCUGUUCAAGAAAAGCCAACAUUUUUAGUAAAUAAAAGUACAAAAUUAGGAAA